GAAAAAUUUUGAAAAGUUAUUUAUCAAAACAUAAACAAAAUGAAAAUUGUUUAAUAUUUUUUGUAUGGUACAUUGAUAUACGGUACACAGUAUUUUAAAUUUGAAGAAAAAAUACUCACAACUAACUUUAUUUAGAUCAUCAACAAAUAAAUAUGUUUUUAAGAAGAUUCUAUUUUCUUAAAAAUUGAAGAGAACAUAGCAAAUUUGGGGAUACUUGUGAACUCCGCUGAAAAUGAUACCUCCAUUAACUCCAGGGCAAUCUGAUAUAAAGCAAAAUUUGGUUGGAUGGAAAAACACUUUCAAUAUGCGACAAAUAACCCUCCUGGAUUUCGCCUCCUCCACUAACUUUGCAGUGAAAAAUGGAGUCAAAUCGCCAAAUCAAAACCAACGGAAACCAUCCAUUGGCAGUAUUAUGAGUGCCUCAAAAUCGUUGGAUUUAUUGAGAAGAAAUUUACAGACUGCUAUCAACAAAGAUAUUGAAUAUGUUAUAAAAAAAUAUCUUGAUAAAUUCUUCCAACCUGCUCUAGUCAACAUCAGAAAUAAUUUGGGACCUGAAAGUGUCACUGAUGAAAACGUGAGGGAUGUUUGUAAGCAAAUCUUGGAAGAAGCUAAAAGCAUUUAUGUUGCUCCUGCAAAACUUAAGGAAAAUUAUUCAUCUUGCAUAUGUAUCAAAAGUGAAGCUGACACAGAUUCAAUAAGUAGUAAAGUUCAUGAUUCAAAUACGAACACCAUGGUUGCUCAACAGUCAUCCAAAAGAAAAGAGUCUGAUUUGGAUCUUGAACAAUUUGCAUUAUCAGUAGCCACAAAACGGGCUAAACCGAAGCCAUUAUCAAAUUACUAUAACGACAAUAUGGGCUGCAAGUUUUCUUUGAAACGUGAUGGGCCAAAAUGGAAUCCUGAAAGAAUUAAGGCCGAAACAUUAUUUAUAAUGGGUUCUAGAGCCAAUAAAGUUUUGGGAUAUGGUCAAACCAGAGGGAGACUUUAUGUUCGCCAUCCCAAUCUUCUUCGCUACUGUGGUGAUCAAGACGACAAAGAAUGGUUGCAAGCCCAAAAUCUACUUCCAGCCAACGGAGGCAAAAUUUAUAUAAUGCUUCUAGAAGAUAUUAGGGAAUUAACGGAAAGUGAUGAAUAUAAAAACAAUCCAAACUUACAAUUACAUGAGCUUCAUGGAUUUGAAGCACCAAGAUUCAUGAAUAUAAAGAUCAAAAAUUUUCUAGAAUAUAUUAAAAACGAAAAGAAACUUGUUGCUGUUGUUGAUAUUGAUGAUGAUGACACAUCUAAUAAUGCCAUUACAAGUGAUGUACAGUUGACCAGCGUAGCUGAAAAAUCGGAUGCGAAUUUUUGGAAAACUUCCCAACUGAGACAACAAAUUGACUAUCCAAAUAUGUCUUCGGAUAUGAGUUCAUUGUCCAGUAGUGUUAUUUCCAGUAUAUUGGCAGGAACCUAUAGUCCGGUGAUUACUAACUUCAAUAAGGAUACUAGGGAUAAAAAGUUUUAGUUUGUAACUGCCAUAAAGUGAUUUAUUAUUGUUUAUACAGGGUUUUGAUUCAAUUUUUAAUUAUAUAAGUUGUUAUUUGGCUGAGUUCCAAAUUUAGAAAUACCUACAGCAAGAGCCUAUUUUUUCAAUACCACAUAAAACGAAUAUUUAGAUUUUAGAAGUAAAGUUGCAUAAAAUUUUAUAAAAUCAAUCAUAGGUAACAACCUAAAAGAAGCUAAAAGAAGUAUUCAUAGGAAUAAAAUGUCUGCCACCCUCACACAAACUACUGGGAAAAUUUGAGCAAUAUACAUAUGAGUGCAGAUAUAAACAAUCUCAUUAAAACAAAGUAAACUUAAUCCAAUAUAUGCAGCGUUUUUUGUUGAUGUAUAGUCAGCCAAUAAAGUAGUGUCGCGAAUUAAAACUUUACUACCUUCAAUUCAAUUUCAAUUUAUUGAUCAGUACAUAUAGAAAAAGUACAGGGCAGUCAUAAUUGCAUGUAUCACAAAUCAUACCUAAUGCUAUGCAUUAUAAUACAAUAAUACAGAAUACAGUAAUACAAUAAUACAAUAAUACAAAUACAAUGACAGCCCAGCAGGAAUACUGAAUACUGAGCUCACAUAAAAUCAUUGAGGUAAAAUUCUAAAACAUAAACUUUCAAAUAUGAUUUUUGGAUAAUUGAUAAUAAAAAAAUUACAUAAUUAUCUUAAAGGGUUUUUUUUUAUAGAUCGUUGAAUUUUUAAUCAGGUACCUAUAUUACUUUAUUGGCUGUACUUAUAUAUGGUAUUUAGUUCACAAGUUCGCCAUGUAAUACUGGACUUAGUUUCUGUUUUAUAACUUCAGUUUAUCUAUGAAGCGGUUCAACGAUAAUACAAAAUAAAAGAAUAGAUUAGUACAAGCGAGCAAGCAACCACUGUGGUUUUAAGUGAUUUAGCUUGAAUAGGUAUACUUGCUAAAAAAUAGCACUUGUGCUAGACAUGUUACUGCUAGACGAUUAAAGAUACAAAAUUGGUAUUCAAAAAUUUGAGAUCGAAUGAGUGGAAAAACAAGCUUUUAAAAAUUAAAUUGUUCUAGCCCUCUUUCCCUAAAAUAGGAAGACAAUUUUAAAAUUUCCACCGAAAGUAGGUCUUGUGAGAGUGGUAGGUAGUUGUUGCUUAAUAAGCGAUACAUUUAGUAAAUUGUUUUUCAAGCUGAAUGCUAAAUUUAUUACUUCAAUCUUAUUUAUUUCAGUUAAAUUCUUUAAGUGCCAAUAGCUCAACCUCAGUUAAGAACGCUCAGAUGCUAGUCACUAAUUAGAUAUUAAGAAAAAAAUUCUGUUAACAGAUUGAAUGAAGUUUUGAAUGUAGAUUAUUCAAAGGCAGAAAACUUUUAAAUUUAGAAUAAAUUUUUAAAGCUUCACUUUCAACUGUUGAUAUAAGCACUAUAGUCCUUGCUAUAAGAAAUUGUCAAACAACCUUACUGUUUUAGUGGUUAAUCAAUAAAAC